GUCAAAUGAAAAUAAAUGAAGAGGGAAGGUGUCACAUUGUCCACCUAUAAAACCACAUGUAGUGUUUGGUUGAAGCAAGGAAUCCAUCAAAACAUGGGCACUGAGGGAAGUUCAAGUGGAACAAUCCUUCCUCUUCCUGAUAAAUACAGAGUUUUUUUGCAUUUGGAGCCUCCAACUAUUGACUGGAGGCAUGGCAAGCCCCCAACUUAUGAAACUGUUAACCAGCUUUUUGAAGAUGGAAGAACCAAGGAGUGGCCAAGAGGAUCUCUGGAAGAAACAGUUCAAAAUGCUGUCAAAUCAUGGGAAAUGGAGCUUUCCCACAAGACUAAAUUACAGGAUUUCAACACCAUAAACCCUGACAAGUUCAAGCUUUUUGUCAAUGGAAGAGAAGGGCUUUCAGGAGAAGAAACACUGAGAGUUGGAAGCUACAAUGCAUUCCUGAAAAGCCCUCUACCAGAGAAGUUUCAAUAUUACAAAGCAGAGGAAGAGACGUUUGAAUCGUCUCAUGAAGCAUUUAGGUCUUGUUUUCCAAGAGGAUUUGCAUGGGAAGUUAUAGAAGUUUAUUCACCUCCUCCUUUGAUUGCCUUCAAGUUUAGGCACUGGGGUUUCUUUGAAGGACCUUACAAAGCACAUUCCCCAACUGGUGAAUUGGUUCAAUUCUAUGGCUUGGGAACUCUCAAGGUUGAUGAAUACCUGAGGGUUGAAGAAGCUCAAGUCUACUAUGAUCCAGCUGAGCUAUUUGGAGGUCUUUUGAAGGGUAAAACUGCCUCAGAAUCCCAAACCGAAGUCAAUGAGAAGGAUUUAACAGCUUCAGUUGGCUGCCCAUUCUUCAAAAACCCAAGGAGUAGUCAAAUGUAAGUUGGUCUGAAAUAAUAUGUUGUGCAACCUUCAAUAAUUUCCAUGUACCAAGGAAACUCCCAACCUUUCUUGCUCUAAAUACAAAUUCCUGAAGGAAAAACUGGGCUUUCCGAAUAGGCUCAGACAUCAGGGCAUUAUCUAUUUUGUUUAGGUUUCUCAGGAUGGGCUUCCUAAUCAACUAUUUCUGUUAGUUUGUUUACUA